UGACACAUGCACAUAUAACCUCUUUGAAGCAUCUGGGCUGUUGACACGUGUCCGUACUAUUGCUUUCUUCAGGUAUGAAAAACCCAACCUCACAACCUAAAUUCUCCUUUUACCUCUCACUCACUUCCUCUCCAAUAGAAAAAAGAAACAAAGAAAUCCCAAACUGAAUCCGAAACUUUCAUAUCGAAGAAAUGGCAAGCCAAGAAGAAGCUACUCAAGCCUCUGAUUUGACAUUUCCAGCAGCCAACGUUGACAAAGAUUUGAGUGUUCAAAAUAACAAGAGUCUUGAAGUUGAUCCCAAAUCGUCUGAAGUGGCAACCUCGUUGGAGAUCGAGCAACAAGCUGAGGUUGAGCAAAAGGGGAAGGAAAAGAAGAAGAAAGAUGCAUUACAGACACUCAAAACAACCAUCCUAGUCUCGGCCGUGAUUGUGGCUGUUGCAGGGGUGGUCUUUGCCGUGACAAAGAAAUUGAGAGAGAAAUGAGCCUCUUAACGACAACAAAAUUUAGUUCCAAAAUUUUUUAGGCUGGUUUUGGAUAAAAAUGACAAUGCCAUUUUUUUCUUUUUUCAAUCUUUUACGUUUGUGCAGGCCAUGAGGUCUUUUCU